GUUCCUGUAACCGAAGCUGAGGAGCAGCUGCCGGUUAGUAUGCUGUGCUUAAGCAGUUAACUAGUUUUGUAAAAUUAACCAGAUAGUUAACAAAGUUAAAGUCAGCGAAAUGACAAAGGGGUGACUUCUCGCGGUGUUUUGUCGGCGGCGCGAGCGCCAUGACCGUCCGCUUCAAGUGUCAGAGUGAAUACCAGAAGAGCUACAAGGCUUCCCGGUCUAGAAGUGUGUCUCCUCAGCGCUGCGCCCCACUGGCCGGCCUGCGCUCCGAUCAGAUGGGGAUCAGCAGAGAACCACGUCUGCAGCGGCGGAGGAAGCUCAAAGCCGGUGGCCUUGCUCGGUCCUGCAGCUCUCUGCUCUGUCCUUCAGAUCCAAAGCCAGAGCUCGCUGCUGAGCCGACUCCUCGUGCACACAGAACAGCACCUCCUGCUGCCUCAAGGAGUCGCUCAGCCCACAAAAAGGAGCCUGCCCUGGAGCCAAAUCCCCCUACACCUCCUGGAGCCCAGGCUGACUCUGGACCUGCUGCAGACCCUGGACCUCCUGCAGGACCACGACCUGCUGCAGAACCUGAACCAUCAGUAGAACCAAAAGCUGCUGGGAAAUCUGCGAAGCCCCUCCCCACAAAGUCUGACAGCCAACCGCAGCUGAGCCGACCUUUGACAGCAGCACCUGACGGACAGCAGCCCUCGGCCAACGAGGUGCAGCACGCUCUGCAGUGGAGGGCGGGGCUUAGGGCGGGAGGUCAGAGGUCAGGAAAUCAGAGGUCAGAGUACAACAGACAGUUCAGCUGGAAGAAACCUGCAGCUGCUGCUUCACCCAUACUGACUGCAGGACAGGUGCUCCGCUCCAGCAGCCGGUCUAUGCCGCCCUUUAAGAAACAUCCUGUUCCCAUGGAAACAGAGUAUCGGCGCAGCUUCCAGGGCCUGGCCCCGCCCACGGAGCCCCGCCUCCGGAAACACCUGGAACAUCAGCAGAGAGUCCCACUGUUUCACCUACAGACGACCAACAAAAAGAGAAGGGAGGAGUCAGAAAAGAAGUCCAACCCUAAAAAUAAUGUCCCCGCCAACCACAGCAAUGACACCGUGCCUCCUUCUCCUCAGGUGACGAGAGGACACAGGAUGUUGACAGAGUAUGAGACCAGCUUUCGUUCUCCCCUCAACAGGAUCGCGGAGGAAGACGGAGCCACGGACGGCGUCGGCUGUCAGGUCAGGGUUCAGCGUCAUCGAGCACGCGUCGUAAUGAGGGUCACUUCCUGUCUUUAUUACGUUUAUCAAGCUGCAGCCCAGAGGAAGGUCAGGUGAGCUUAGUUUAGUGUAAAAACUGGACGCAUAGAGAGACUGUUAGCCUCUAAUAAACCUUUAAACAACUUCAAAACAUGUUAGCCUGCAAGCUACCAGAGAUGGAAGUUCAGGGUUUGUAAGGUCAU